ACCCCCACCAUUUUUAAAAUCGAUAUGCAAUCUGUCUCGCUUUGGAGCUGGACCACCCCCAUUUUCGUCGGACCAUCGUCGGAGCCACCUUAUCCCAUCGUAUCACCGUCAAACCACCAAACUCUGCCUCUAAAUUUUGUUCAGAUCUGCGCUUACUCCUACUACCACUACUCAAUCUAUUACACUUUGCCCUAAUUAGUGUUUCACCCAAAUCCAAACACGCACUCCAUUUUUCUCCACACCGCCAUCGUCAAAGCCACCGGUAAUCAAAUCGACACCAUCAAUUACUGCGGGCGAUUGCUUCUUCGGCAAUGCAUCCUCAGGUUGAGCAAGAACAACUGGUGCAAAUACAGGGAGCUGAUCCAGCUCCGUUCGAAAACCCUAUUAUCUCACUUGAUGCCUUCAACGAACGAGAAACGAUCGAUUUGCUUUCAGCGAUGAUUGAAAACGUUAGCGGAAGGUUCUUGACGAGGGUGGAAGUGGUGGGAUCUAUGUUGCAGAUAGUUGAGGCAGAGACGCUUGAAGAGGGCACAAAGCACCUAGCAAUUGAGUUUAUGAUCAGUCUUGCAGAGGUGAGAGAGGGCACCUGGUAUGAUUUAUCAAUAGGUUGUUUUGCAUCUGUCUCCAAAGGCUAUUCACUAAUGCUCUCAAGGAUCCGCAGUCAACCUUCAUCAGCAACCUCAUCCGAAUAUGCCUUGCAUGGCUACGCUUAG